ACCCCACCCCAUUACUUUCCCACUCUCUCGAUCAAUUCCUUUCUUUUCCGUCGGCGCAGACAUAAACCCAAUGACUUGGUAUUCUCUUCUUUUGUUUAUUUUCUUGUCAUCUUCACAACUAAAUACUGCAUCAUAAUCCCACCGCACAGUAUACACAUUCAUGAAGAAAUUCAUGGCAUUCAAGUGGAGGGCUUUUUGGGAUAAUUUUGGGAGUUAGGGUCUUUGCUCUGAGGAAGGAGAAUGGUACCUACUCUUUCAGAAUUGCUUAAUUGGUUUAUUGAGAGAGGGACAGGGGUUAUAUUGUUAUCGUAUAAAUCGUUGGAGAAAUAUGCCGCUGGAAAGUUUACAAAGCUCAUUCUUCACAUCUCCUUGCAAGAGAGGAUUGAAUUUGAAUUUGAGGAGUUCGGUCUUUAGCAACGAUGAGGCUUCAUAUAUUGUGACGGAGGAUAGCAUCAAUGAUCAUGAAUUGGCUCAGAGGAAAGCAGAGGAAGCAGCUUCAAGGAGGAACCAAGCAGCUGAAUGGCUUCGGCAAAUGGACGACGGCGCAGCCGCAUCAUCACUCUCCAAACAAUCCUCCGAGGAAGAAUUCUGCCUUGCACUCCGCAAUGGCCUCAUUCUCUGCAAUGUCCUCAACAAAGUCAACCCCGGUGCUGUCCUCAAGGUGGUGGAGAAUCCUGUCCCUGCGGUUCAGUCUGCAGAGGGAGCUGCGCAAUCUGCGAUUCAGUAUUUCGAGAACAUGAAGAAUUUUCUGGAUGCAGUUAAGGAUAUGGAGCUUUUGACUUUUGAAGCUUCGGAUUUGGAAAAAGGGGGUUCAUCAAGUAAAGUUGUGGACUGCAUUCUCUGUUUGAAAGGGUAUUAUGAAUGGAAGCUCUCAGGUGGUGUUGGCGUGUGGAGGUAUGGAGGAACAGUGAGGAUUACUUCCUUUCCUAAAGGAACUCCUCCCUCCCUUGUGGACAGUGAAAGUGCUGAUGAAUCCCUGGAUGAGUUUGAUUCGUCACAGUAUGAACAGCUACUUAAAUUUCUUCAUCUAUCUGGAGAGGUCUCAGUUGAAGAAACCAGAACUACCAAUGCUUUUGCUUUCCUGUUUGAUCACUUUGUACUCAAAAUUCUCCAGGCUUACCUCAGAGAAACUGAUGAGACUGAAGAUUUGCCGCUGAAUGCAAUGGUGAUUGAUACUUUUCUCAGGAAGGUAGUCAUGGAUUUUUCUUCAUUGCUUGUUUCUCAAGGCGCUCAGCUUGGACGUUUCCUCAAGAAAAUAUUGAAAGGAGAUAUUAGUUGCCUCUCUAAGAGAGAAUUCAUAGAAGCCAUCACAUUAUAUCUUAAUCAAAGAAAUAGCUUGGCGUCGAAUGAUUUCUCUAAUUUCUGCACUUGUGGUGGAAAACGUGUCAGUAUUCAGCGAAAUGUGAACUAUUCUGCCAAGCAUGCUGAAAUAAUUGAUGCUCAGAAACAACUUGAGGCAAUGAAGUACUUCUUUGAAGAGAUUAAACGGGAGGUCAACCAGAUUCAGUCCGAAUGGCACCAAGAAGUGAGCAGGCUUGAGAAUCAUAUAAAGAGUCUGGAAGUAGCCUCCUCUUCCUACCACAAAGUUUUAGAGGAGAACCGCUUUCUUUACAAUCAAGUGCAAGAUCUCAAAGGAGCCAUUAGGGUCUAUUGUAGAGUGAGACCGUUCUUACCAGGACAAUCAAAUGGACAAUCUACAGUAGAUUAUAUAGGAGAAAAUGGAAACAUAAUGAUUGUAAAUCCCCUUAAGCAGGGUAAAGAUGCUAGAAAGGAAUUUUUAUUCAAUAAGGUGUUUGCAACUAGUGUCACACAAGAACAAAUAUAUGCUGAUACUCAACCCUUGGUCAGAUCGGUUUUAGAUGGCUACAAUGUAUGCAUCUUUGCUUAUGGACAGACUGGCUCAGGAAAGACCUACACGAUGAGUGGCCCUGAUCUGAUGACUGAAGAGACAUGGGGUGUGAACUAUAGGGCUUUGCGUGAUUUAUUUCACAUAUCGAAGGAAAGAGCAGAUGCCAUAAAAUAUGAAGUUGGCGUCCAGAUGAUUGAAAUAUACAAUGAGCAAGUGAGAGAUCUAUUAGUCAGUGAUGGCUCUAACAGAAGAUUAGAAAUACGAAACAACUCUCAGUUGAACGGUCUUAAUGUGCCUGAUGCAUCUUUAGUUCCUGUUAAUUGUACUCAAGAUGUUCUUGAUUUAAUGAAAAUUGGUCAAAGGAACCGUGCUGUGGGUGCUACAGCUCUGAAUGAGCGAAGCAGCCGUUCUCACAGUGUGUUGACAGUUCAUAUCAGAGGGAGGGACUUAGUUUCUAACUCCAUUCUUAAGGGCUGUCUUCAUCUUGUGGAUUUGGCUGGAAGUGAGAGAGUGGACAAAUCUGAGGCUGUUGGUGAGAGACUAAAGGAGGCCCAACAUAUUAAUAGAUCACUUUCAGCACUUGGGGAUGUUAUCUCAGCUUUGGCACAGAAGAGUCCACAUAUUCCUUACAGAAAUAGCAAGCUUACACAAGUUUUACAAGAUUCAUUAGGUGGCCAUGCAAAGACUUUGAUGUUUGUUCAUAUAAAUCCUGAACUGAAUGCUCUUGGGGAGACAAUUAGCACACUGAAGUUCGCUGAGAGGGUUGCAUCCAUUGAACUAGGGGCAGCUCAAUCUAAUAAAGAAACUGGUGAAAUCCGAGAGCUAAAGGACGAGAUAUCAAAUAUGAAAUUGGCUUUGGAGAGGAAGGAAUCCGAACUGGAACAAUGGAAAUCUGGGAAUGCACGAAAUGCCUUAGAAUCUCAAAAAGCAAGAGCAGUUUCACCUUUUCGUUUGCCCCGAAAUGGUACCAAUGGCAGCAUGAAGUCUGAAAAUUCUCAAAGAUCCAUGGAUGAUAGAAACUCUGAGGCUAAAAGUUGUUCUUCAGGCAAGCAAAAAAGGUCAAGAUUUCCCUCGGCGUUUGUGGACAAAGACUCCACACCAAAAAUGUCUAUUCCGGCUGAAGAAAGAUCGGUGAACUGGAGGAAGGAUAGGUCACCUUCACCACCAGUUAGGAGAUCAAUAUCCACUGAUAGAGGGUCUGUCAUCAAAAGCAAGGUCAAGAGUGACACAAUAGAGAAUCAAGCAAUAUUAAAACCUCUAUUUCCAGCUAGAAUACCAGUAAAUAAAUCUCUUGCCACAAUGCCAAUGGCUCCAUCUACGGAGAAUAACACUUCUCAAAAUGUCUUCAACCUCCAAAACGUAAACACCAGGAAAGUUUAUCAAGAACAUGAAGAGGAACAGUUGAAGCAAGUAUCUGGUGUGGUAAGACAAGGUGGCAUUAGGAAAAGCAAGGUUGAGCAUAAGGCCAAGGUCAAGCAUCAUCAGCAAUUGCCCAUUAGGAUUCAGAAGGCUGGUCAGGUACCUACAUCAAUUACUGACAUGGAAAAUGCUGGUGAAGUGACUCUGGAGGCACCUCGAAAGAGUGAUUACUCUGAGCCAGAAAAUGAUAUUAGCAUUAUGGGGUCUGCAGUCCACGGUGUGUUAAAUCUUAAAAAGAUACGUCAGAACAUCUCAAGGAAUCCUCAGAACCUUGAAUCAAGAGGGACAGUGAAAGCAGUUGAGCCUUUGUUGUCUAGCAAAGCUGAAAACAAAGUUGUAAUCGGUUCAGGUCGCAAUACUUCCAUGCAUGAAUAUAGAAGGAGCCGAUCUACACCGCGGGGAAAGUUUUUUGUUUUAUCUUGAAGAUUUCAGGUAAAAAAUGUAUUGUUUUCUGUUAUGUAUUCUUGUACAGUGACUACCACUGAUGUGCAUGCUGUAGUGCAAGCUCACAUGAUUUUGUAGAGACUUAGAGAAAGGUUUCAGGUCAGUUUGUGUAACCUUUCUCUAUAUUUGUAUUCUGAUCAUGGUCCUUUUGUAAUUUGAAAUUUCCAAGGUCAAUAUAGUUUACAUCAUGGGGUGUUGUAUGUAGUACACAAUUUUAUUGACAAGGCAUAUUUGCUGCA